UUCCAGGAUUUAUAUGCGGAGCUCUGGCACUCUGAAUCCAAUGAAAUUGUGCAACUUCAGUUGAGGGGUUGUCUUCAAUGAUAUGUUGGGCAAUAAAUACAAUUGACCAUACAUACAGCUCCUAUACUCUCCCAGUAACAGUUUGAGGAGUAGGAGCUGUGUACCAUGGCAAUAACGAUGACCACAUUCAGGGACUUGCUGCUCCUAUGUUUGUGCCCGUUCACUUUGGGUUGCCAAUUGGAACUAAGAAGUGGAGGUAGUGAGUUUAUACAAGUCACUGGCUAUUAUGGAGACUCUGCCGUUUUACCCUGCAACUGCAUGGAUCUCCAGUCGAAGCCUCAGACUCUAACAUGGCUUACAUGGGCCGGAAGAGGGGGCAGUGAGCUGGCGAUUUACAAGAUCAAAGGAAGCAACCAGGAGCCGGAAAUACACAAGGACUAUAGAGGACGAGUGGCCUUGGUGAAGGGAGCCCCUGGCAACUUCUCUCUGAUCCUCUCCAACCUCAGAGAGGAGGACACAAGGCAUUACGUAUGCGUUACCGAAUAUGAACAGGACAGAGAAGAGAUGGUCCUGACAGUUCGAGGCUGUAACUUAGCGAGAUCAGGAGAGAGAGAGGAGAUCAGCAAGUUCUCCGGGGAGUCUGUCCUGCUGCCUUGCUGGUGCGAAGACGAGAUGGGCAAGCCAAAGAACUUCAGGUGGACGGACCCCAACGGUCGCCUCAUCAGAUCCAGCUCUCAGCAGAGUGGUCGCUAUGCCGACAGAAGUGAGAUGUUCCAUGAGAAGGCAGUAUGGAAUGUCUCUCUCCUGCUGUCUGACCUGACAGUAGAGGAUGAAGGAGAUUACACCUGCGAGAUCAACGGCACAGAAGUGGUCUACAGUCUCACCGUCACUGGCUGCGCCCUGGAAGGACAGGACGAGGUGGUGGAAGUGGCGGCGCCUGCAGGAUCCUCCGCCCUCUUGCCCUGCGCUUGUACCACACUGCAGGCCAAACCCCAGAACUUCCGCUGGACGCCACCAAAUAACAGAGAGCUCCUCUGGCACUACAAAGGCAGGGCAGAGCUGUUCCAGCAGACCUCAGCUCCAGGGAACCUGUCCUUGCUUCUGACCAACCUGAGGAAAGAGGAUGGGGGAGUUUAUCGAUGCGAGAUUGGCGGGGGCAAAACCAAACUGUUUGUGCUCACUGUAAAAUAACAGGAAUGUGAAGCAAACGUCAGACAAGGCCGGAUGUUGAGCAGGAAUACAUAACUACUG